AUGGUGGCUCCUGGCGUGCCCUGGGACCUGCAGGGACUGCAAACGGUGGGCAUCAUCCUGCUGCUCUGCUCUGGCCUCAAGCUGCUCCACACCCUGGGCGUCAUCGACCUGGCCGGGGGAGUCCAACCACAGUUUACUCUCUGUUGCAUCUCUCUCUCGCUGUGUGGUUUCCCUCCCACCCUGCUCCCUCCCUUGAUUCAUCACACUUGCGUUGAGUGUUGCUCUGCCUGUCCUGUCUUUUCCUGCUGGGUUAGAGGACUGCUCCAACUUCCGAGGUCUAUUCCCACGGCUCUACUCUGCUGGGAGGAGACCUGGGCCCAGAACAUCCCUGGAAAGUUGAAAGGCAACCCGCCAGGCCAAACUAAAAAAGCGCUGAAGCAGCGAUUCCUCAAACUGCUGCCCUGCUGCCGGCCCAAAUCCAUCCCCUCGCUCAGCGAAAACAGCGUGGAAGAUGAGUUUGAGCUCUCCACUGUCUGCCACCGCCCUGAGGGGCUGGAACAGCUCCAAGAGCAGACCAAGUUCACCCGCAAAGAGCUGCAGGUCCUGUACCGAGGCUUCAAGAACGAGUGCCCAAGCGGCAUCGUUAAUGAAGAAAACUUCAAGCAGAUCUACUCACAGUUCUUCCCACAGGGAGACUCCAGCACGUACGCCACCUUCCUCUUCAACGCCUUCGACACUGACCAUGACGGCUCCGUCAGCUUCGAGGACUUUGUGUCUGGGCUGUCCGUCAUCCUGCGGGGCACCAUUGAUGACCGCCUGAACUGGGCCUUCAAUUUAUAUGACCUGAACAAAGACGGCUGCAUCACCAAAGAGGAAAUGCUGGACAUCAUGAAGUCCAUCUAUGACAUGAUGGGCAAAUACACCUACCCGGCCAUGCGGGAGGAAGCGCCCCGGGAGCACGUGGAGAACUUCUUCCAGAAAAUGGACCGAAACAAAGACGGUGUGGUGACGAUCGAGGAGUUCCUGGAGUCCUGCCAGAAGGAUGAGAACAUCAUGCGGUCCAUGCAGCUCUUUGACAACGUGAUUUAGCUCCCGGACCUGCCUCCAGCUGAGCUCUGCUGCUGCCGGGCCCAGGACCUGCUUCUCUCUCGACUUUUCCUUUGAGCCUCCCCGCUGCCGGCUGCACAGACACCCCGAAGGGAAGGGGCCUCCGUUCCUGGAGACGCGGUCGGUGACGGGAUGUUCCCUUCCCCCUGGGGCGGCUCUGCUUUCCUCGGGGGAUCCCAAGCAGGCGCUCCCAGACAUCGGAGCAUGGGCACAACUGGCACAGGGCAAGCACUUGGCCCAGACGGA